CACUUUAACAUUGGCACAUAAACGCAACAUGGUUGGGGAAGGAGGACAAGGAAGCCUUGCACAAUUAUGAGACGGCUCGUCACGACAAAUGGACAUUCAUCGCUAAAAUACUCAAAUCAUCGGGGAUCUUUAUAGAUGAUAUUUUCUCCAAUGGAUGCCGUUGAAUGCAGCCGGCCAUGGAAGUUGCAUCCUCCAGAUACAUGUGGUAGCCACAGCAUGAGAUCAAAUGCAAGAGACAUUGCGAGUGGCAAAAGAGCAACAGAUUGGGAUAAAGAACAGACCCAUAAAAGUGUUACUAUGGCGCCCACUUCCAGGUAUUUGACUGAAAGGCAAUAUGUGAUGAGAAAGCCUCUCUUCUAUAUGGAACAGGCAUCCAUUUUAAAGAAGACUCCUCAGCAGCAGCAUCAACAGAAGGAGAUGCAUGUCAGUACCAGCGGAAAACAUGAAGGUCAGUGUUCCGUCAAGAUUAAUUUGCUGACUAGGUUCGGGGAAGACCUGAAGUCCGUGAGCAAUUGCUUCACUCCCAGUGAUGUUGCUGAUCUUUCAGCCUCGAUAGAAGUGUGCAGCUCACUUUUGGAUUUCCCAGAGGACAGGGCAAAGUUAGAACAUGAAGAACCUGUUGUUGGAUUUACUUUGACCAGAAAUAAAUCAAUUCAGUGUGACCUUCCCAGCAACAUUCUGGAGUUGCAGAAAAAGGACCAUCCUGAGAGGCUCCAACUGACAUCCACCGUUCUGUACCCCACCUAUACCCCCACCCCAUGUUUCUCAUAUUCUAAAAGUGACCAAACAACAGAGCUCAAAAAACAAAAUCUCUACUCUUUAGCCGGGCAGUCAAGAAGACAAACCAUGUCAUAUCACGAAGCAAACUAUUGGGACUGUGCCAUCCCGAAGUCUUUGCCCACAUCCACAAAUAGACACGCUGCAUCCUGGGAUCCAAACCAGGAGUAUCAAGAUUUGCUGGACUACACUUACCCUCUUAGACCUGGGCAGAUGGACAGGAAGUGGGACAGCACUGCGUUCCUUGGUGACUCUCGCCAACAACAAGACCAGAACUUAGUGGAUUCUGGUAUUGAACUGGAUAACCUUCGUCCCACUAGCCUAUCUGGGUCGGAUUUAAACCUGAGCAACACCAUGCAGACAGAAGCUUGGGACAGACUGGAACAGAAAAUCAAUCCCACAGGUGUGGAGUCUUCUGCACUUGUCUCCAGAUCACCAUCUUCUGAGUUGUUUUUGGAUACUUUGGGCUUAGACAAAGAAGUUGGGAACUGUCACCAGGGUAGAAGUCAGCACCAUCAUCAAUAUGCACAACCCUCCCCCACCAUCGCUUUUAUCCACGCAACAAGUGUUCUUCCUCAGUCCCAAUUUGUAGGUGGGGACUUUGACAAGGAGUUUUGGGCUCUGCCAGAUCACCUGGAAGAGGUGCAACUCCUCACUAGACAGGUAAAGGAGGUGACAGCCUGGCUGAAGUACCCACUCGCAGCCACGUGUGAGUGUGUGGACUCUGCCUCGCAUCGCCUGACUCUAUCACAGCAAGAACUGACUGAAGAGGCUGGUGCCAAAGAGCACCAAGCUGAUCAUAGUAACCUUGAGGCAGUGAGGAGAAGUCCCAGUUCAUGGAACUUAGAGUCUGUUUGUCCAGGACUGACUCAGGACAGUUUCAAGGAGGUGGAGACCUUGGUGGAGCAGCUUUGUGGCAUCCACCUGAGAGACUCUCAGAAGGGCAUCCUGGAAGAGCAGGACUACAGUUGCUCUCUGAUGCAACGUACCCGCAUGUUUUGUUCACUCUUGGAGCAAUAUAUCCACUGGCUCUACAAGGUUUCCGAGAAGAUGGACAUGUUGGCUAGACCCACGGUAGACAAUGAAAACGUGAAGAGGUCACUUGCUGAAUAUCAGAAAUUUCAGCAAGAAUUGAGAAGUCAUCAGCAAUUAAUUUGUCAUGUUCUGCAAACCGGCGAGCUGCUUCUCGGGUGCAUGGACGGCACGUCUCCAUUGUUAAGAAACUCACUGCUGUUGAUUGAGAGGCAGUCAAGAGCCAUGGAAUAUCGCACAGAGCACUUGUCCUCCAUCUUAUCGGCCAUGGACAAUCAGACACAUCCUAAUGAGCCCAGUGAUCCACUUCUUCAGGACAAACUGGGGACAUCCACCAAGUGAAUGUACAAGCUCCACCCAUUUUCGAAAGCACUUGUCUUCAAUGGGGUCAUGGGUGAUCCUAUCCCAACUAAGUCUGGGAAAGAAGCGGGUACACUCUGGUCUGGUUGCCAAGCAAUUACAUGGCAUUUAUAUUAUAACAUUCAUAUCUUUGGACAGUUUGACACUUUUAUGUAUUUUGGGAUGCGCGUCAUUAGUUCUCCGUGUUGCCUGUCAGGCUGUCUUUUUUUUUUUUAAUUAUAUUUUUCCUGUAAUUUUGUCAAACAUUAUACAAUACUUUUAUUGAUAUACCCAUGAACAAAUCGAUUACAGUUUAAACAUGCCUGAGUUUAAACAUGCUUGAUCAGGCAGAGUUGAUCAACCUCGAGUUGUGGUUUCAUGUAGGAAGUAAUACAGGUAAACAGCCACCAAGUGUCCUUAAAUGUAAACAAUUCCAAAAUGUGACUUGAUUUUUAAAUGUUUUGUAACGGCAUAUUCACAGACUCCCUUUUCCCCCUCAAAAUAGCAAACUACCUUUAACUCAUUCACUCCAAAGCCGUUUUUAAAUGUCUUUUCAGACUUGGUUCAGAAUUGGCUGGUACUGAAUGAGUACAUGUUCUCAGUCGAGGCAUAAACCGUACCAGACAACGAAAGAGAAGAACAUCCAUCCAUCCAUUUUCCGAACCGCUUAAUCACUAGUGUCACUAGUGUCGCGGGUUUGCUGUAGCCUAUCCCAAUAUCUACCAAAACAAUUGGAAACUUCAGAAAUCACUUGUACACCAGUAUUCACAGCCUUUGCUGAAUAGUUUGUUGAUGUACCUUUGGCAGCAAUGACAGUCUCAAGUCUUUUCGAAUCAGAUAUACGACAAGCUUGCGAAACCUUAUUUUUGACCAGUUUUGCCUGUUCCUCGGAGCAGCACCUCUUAAGCUCCGUCAAGUCAUUAUCUGAACUCUCCGGAGAGCUUUGUCUGGGCCACUCAUAGGCAGAAUUGUCCUGAAACUGCUCACUGCGCGUGCCCUUUUACUUAGAAAUUUCUUCCGUGUGGCCACUCUGCCAUACAAGCCUUUCAUCACUGCAGUGAUGGUUGUCCUGGUUUCCAUAUUUCCACAGAGAUCAUUUGAGUUCUCAGUCACCUCCUUGACUUGGGCCCUGAUGCACUGAGCACACUACAUUGAUGGAAGCUACUGAGAAAAAAAAUUCUCGACCUUUCCUCUUGAUCUGUGCCUUGAUGUGUAGUCACGUAUGACCUUUUACAGACAGCUGUGUGACUUUCCAAAUCGUGUCCAAUCAAUUGAAUUGACAACAGGUAGACCCAAAUUAUGCUGUAGAAACAUUGUAGGCUGAGCUGUGGAAAGUGAGCUCAAUUUAGAGUCAAGUUACAAAGGAUGUAAAUACUUAUGUAGAUGACUUCUUCAUUCAUCCAUUUUCCGAUCCGCUUUAUCCUCAGAAGGGUCGACAGGCGUGCUGGAAUCUAUCCCAGCUGCCUUUGGGCAGUAGGUGGGGGACACCCUGAACCGGUUGAUAGCCAGUGGCAGGGCAUACAGAGACGGACAACCAUCCAUGCUCACACUCACACCCAGGGACAAUUUUGAGUGUUCCAUUAACCUGCCACCCAUGUUUUUGGAAUGUUGGAGGAAACCCACGCAGAAAACCCAUUCCGCCUAGCUUUGUUACAAAGGCUGUGAAUAAAUAUGUACAUGACUUCUUAAAGUUUUUUUUAGAAUUCAACUUGUAAACUGUAGAAAAGAAUGUUUUGGGAAAAGCCCUUUGAUACCUUUUGUUGAUGUACUGAGUAAAUGGCAGAAAGAGAUUCAUUUUGUGGCAUUACUCAAAGGUCAUCCUAAUUUGCGACAAUACUAUUACAAGCUAACAAAGUUAAGUUUUUCAAGGUGUAUGCUUUGGCUGUUUUUCUAAUGUUCAUUCAUUCAUUCAUCUUCCGAGCCGCUUGAUCCUCACUAGGGUCGCGGGGGCGCUGGAGCCUAUCCCAGCUGUCUUUCGGGCAGUAGGCGGGGGACACCCUGAUUCGGUUGCCAGCCAAUCGCAGGGCACACAGAAACGAACAACCAUUCACACGCACACUCACACCUAGGGACAAUUUAGAGUGUUCAAUAAGCCUGUCACGCAUGUUUUUGGAAUGUGGGAGGAAACCGGAGCACCCGGAGAAAACCCACGCAGGCCCGGGGAGAACAUGCAAACUCCACACAGGGAGGCCGGAGCUGGAAUCGAACUGCACUGUGAAGCCGGCGUGCUAACCACUGGACUACCGGGCCGCCCUUUUUCUAAUGUUAUCCUUGUUCAUUCAAAUAAACCAUUUUGACUCACAACCUGGACAGCAUUUGAAGCUUGAUUAUGGCAUUUCAUGUAGUCAGGUGGUGCAAAACAACCCCGUUCCAUCAGCCUUUUUGAAAAUAUUCGACACGUAGAUUCCCAGAGCGUCUUUCAAACUGAAUUCAGUUGCCUUUAUUAUGAAAACAAGAGAACAUUGUAUUUAUAUGCAACUCUGCACUUACCACAAUACAGUAUACAAGUUUGCAAACAUUUCUCUUAUGUAACUGUCAAAUUUCCCCAAAUGUAGAAUAAAUAAUUGUUUUGUUUAUAUUCUUUACAAUGCAUCUCAGCAAGAAUCACAUAUGGAUCUUUUUUCAUUUUUAUACAGUCUGGGAGUACAAUAUUUAUUUUCAGUUUAAGUAUUACACGUUGAAUCAAGACAAUCUUAAUGCAUUGAGGACUAUUAAAUGGACAUGAGAUCUGACAUAUAGUCUAAGUAAUAUGUACGUGUGUGUGAGAGAGAGAGAGAGAGAGAGAGAGAGAGAGAGAGAGAGAGAGAGAGAGAGAGAGAGAGAGAGAGAGAGAGAGAGAGAGAGAGAGAGAUAUGGAUGGAUACAUAGAUACACAUAGAAGAACUAUCUCCCUCUCACCCAAGGGAUCGGUGUGACUUCUUCAGGCACAGGUCCUCUCCGAGUGGCAAGUUUGAGGAUUCUGUCAAAUAUCUGAGGCAUUGUCGACUAGUGUUACCUCAACUCCUACUACGAACAAUGAGAAAAUUGCACAGUAUCUUCAAUCUCCCAACAUUCUGUUCAAGGACCCAAGUUGUGGGAGAUCUACAUGUAGACACACACCUGCACAAGUAGGUAAGAGGGUUAUCUUUUUUUCUAUGUGUGUUUUCAUUUACACUUGUUUAGGUCGAUAAGUGUUACAGCUGAGAUGUUAAAUGGUGAGACAUUUCUGUGACUGUUGAAUU